AAGCAGUACUACAAAAAUACAAAUUAAAAGAGUUGUAGGCAAAUUAACACAAUAGGCACACAUGUCGAUGUACAAACGAGAGGACCUGCGUCGAGUUAUCUUCAGUGGUCUCUCGGAGCAGUGCGACGAGGGUAUUAUUCACGAACUUUGUGUUGAGUUCGGACCCGUUAUGAACAUUACGUGGCCAACAGUGAGGACUAUGAACGGUAUGGCACAACGACAGAGCUACUGCUUUGUUGAUUUUAAGUGCCCCGAGGACGCCAAAUACUGCUACGAGGCUCUUGAUCUUUCUCAGAUAAAGUUGUUCAACAAGGAAAUUAAAGUAAGUCAUGCGAGCACGAUGCUCACGAAGGGCGAGACAGGCGGACGCAAAUGGACCUAUGGUCUGCACGAGGUGGGUGCGUUGGUAGUAGUGCGCAACGUCGAUACGAGCGCUCUAGAGUUCGAUAUCACAACCUUUUUUGAACAGUUCGGGCACUUCGCGGCCCCUCCGCGGAUGAUGCGGGACGCUGUAGGGAGCUUCCGUGGUACUGUGAUUUUGUCCUACAAAACCUUUGAGGCUAGUGAUAAAGUUAUUGCAGAAAUGAACCAAAGAAUUUUUAGAGAUCGCAUUAUUAACGUGCAGUAUGCUGAGAUGUCGGACGGUAGUAGGCGUCUACACGGCACACCAGAGGAGCGUGCCAACGCGGAGCUCAUCAGGGCUGAGGAACAGAAGUACCUAAAGAAGCUCUCCCAGGAUACAGCCGAAGUUAGAAAAAAGGCGUACCAAGCACGAGCCCAAAAUACCACGUGGGCAGACGAUAUAAACAUUUAUGCACAUCGCUAAGGAAAUUCAAAGAAAAUAAAGCGAAAAA